AUGCGAAGCACCGAGUUCCUGAACCUCGCCCUCUCUCUCAACGCCUUAAUUGGCAUUUCUUACGCAACCGGCUGGAAAGUGGCCCACUGCGAGGGUAAAGAAGCAAUCAACUUCAACACCAAAAGCCUCUUCACCGUCUACCUGGACGGUCCGAAGGCGACCCAGAAGAUGUGCGACGACUUUGAGAAAGAGGUCGGCAAGCAGACUGGCAAGGACGUGACUGGGUCGCCGUGCCUGUUCAAUUCCGACGGAAUCGAAGCUGGAUUCGACCUGAGCAUUUACGACUCGGAUGGCGUCGAGAAAGCGAUUGAGAAGAUCUUCAAAAUAUCAAACCCGAAAUGCAAAGCCAUUUGGACCAUCAAAGAAUCACCCAGCCCAGUGCGCGCGGAGCCUGAGGCUGUCCCUCAAAAUUUGAAGGAUGAGGAGUGCCAAAUUUGCCAACUCCCUCUCGGGGACAAACAAGAAGGAGAAGCGCACCCGGACAAGCUCGGGAAGCUGAAGUGCAAUCACGACAAAUUCCACCAUCACUGCAUACACAAAUGGCUGGAUGACAAGACGCACAAGUGUCCGAUCUGUCGGACAGAGGGAAUCUUCACCAACAUCAAGAAAAAGGACUUUGAGACGGAAUUCAAGUACUACUACCCGAACAAGAAGAUGCAGAAGUAG